AAGUGAAUGUGAAUAAUUGCUGAUAUUAAUAUAAUGGUGACGUUUCAACAGAGCUUGCGUCCUCUUUUUUUUAUGUGCUUUAUUAUGGGUUUAGGCUCUCUUUCUAAAAACCAAUCAAAUAUUCGAUGGGUUGUACACUUAAAUGUUCUAUAUUCUUUGAUAAUUUGGUCAGCUUAUAUGUAUCUUUUUUUCUAUAUAAAUGUCCAUUUUGCACAAGAAAUAUUAUACGAAACGCUUGCUAUAAAAAUGUGUGAAAUGUGUAACUUUUUAAUUUCAAUUACGUACGUGAUUAUGAGUUUUUAUCAUCAAAAGAGAUUUGAGAUAAACAUAAAAAAGCUUGCUGCUGUGGAUGAUACUUUGGAAAAGUUAGGUACUCCAAAAAUGUACGAAAAGUUAUAUGCAAAGUCAAAACAAUUAAUAUUUGGUUGGCUCGUGUACGUCCUUAUAAUAAAUUUUUUUGACACAAUAUGGUGGUUACGUUUCGAAGAACUUGCUUCUUGGGGAUUAUAUAUGGCUCACAUAAUAAAUUUUUAUGUUCAUAUGAAUGCCUUUGUGGACAUGUUAUUUAUCUUCUUCUUAUGGUACAUUGGCACUAGAUUCGAUAAAGUGAAGGAGCAUAUACAAUGCUUACUAAUGAGAGAAGACGAUGGAUUGACACGGAUGAUAUCUGUUAACGCUCUUGAUCGAUAUACUUUGUGUAUUGAUUACAAACUAACAUUAUGGACCUCAAUGCAUCUUUAUUUAGAAUUAAUUCGCCUCACUCGUGAGUUAAGCUUAAUAUUUACAGUGCAAAUGACUUUUGAAAUGGCGUCUUGUCUUUUAUAUUUAACAUCACUGUUCUAUUACGUAUAUUAUAUGCUAUACGUAAUACAGGAACAAGACGAAACAUACACAAUAUAUGAUUGGUUUAGUAUAAUAGUAUGGGUUUCUAUGUUUCUUGUGAGAUUAUACAUUGUAAACUAUAUCUGCGAGAACGUCACAGAAAAGGCUAACAAAAUUAAUAAAUUAUUUCAUCGAUUUACUUACAUCCGCCAAAAUGCUGAUGCUUGGGAGGAGAUUUAUCAGUUCACUCUGCAAACAAUGCAUUCUCCGCUGAAGUUUACAGGAAUGGGUCUUUUCUAUUUUGGUUAUGAAUUCCUUCGGAAGUUUUGUGUAGCAAAUGUAAUGUACGUGAUCAUUAUGGUGCAGCUAAAAAUAUUUCUUUAUUAAGUAUAUUUAAUAAUUCUUUAU